AUGUCGUCUGCUAUUGAAGAAGAAAGUGUCCAAAAUCGUCUCACAAGAAUUCUCAGAGAAAAAUAUGCUCGAGAAGGAGAGAAUUGUAUGGUGUUUCCUUCAUAUAACUCUGCAAAGAGAUGCCGUGAAUACGUACGCUAUUUGAUAGCAAGAAACCGUUCUUUAGAUAAUGAAUCUUCACAAGUUUCCAAACGAUUACGAAUCUUACAAUUGGCCACUCCGAAACCAAUGAAUAAUGUAGAAUCUAGGACAAAGAAAGAAUGCAAAAUUGCAACGUUAUUUUUCGAUCAAAGCUAUUUACCACUAGUUAAGGAUUAUUCAAACAUGUCUGGCGAGAUUAUUUCUAUAUUAAUGGCUACUUAUGUAUUAAAAGAAUUGUUUUUAGUGGAACAUUCUUCUAGCAUUAAUAGAGAUAUACAUUCCGAUACCAUUCCUAUACCGAAUAUGAUAGAUACUAAUAGUAAUGUGCAUAUAUCACAUCAAGAUGAUUAUCUACAAGAUCGGUAUGGAAGACAUAACGAUUUAUCAAUGGCUAAUCAUGACACUGCAAGGAUCAAGAGACGGUUGGCAUUACAGCCCAAAAAUUGUCCUAUUCUUGAAGACAACCAUUCGAAUACUACAACUUUGGUAGAUUCAUCAUCAAAUGAAAAUUAUGCUAAUACAUCACCAUCUUUAGAAAGACAAGAUAUAUUGAAUACCUUAUUACUAUCGCCAGAAGACAUGAUCUUUAAUAGUAGUAAUUCUCUUCUAGAUCCUAUGACUUUGAAUGACUUUGAAACUUCAUUGGAUCAAUUAACAAUGUCUUCUAUUGUGCCAGCUGAACCAAUAGAUGGUACAUUUGAUAUAGAAUUUAAUAAUUCAAGUAAUCCAAGAACAGGAACAGCACCUGCUACUACAACAAACAACAAUAACAAUAACAAUAACAAUACUAAUCUUAAUUGUCCACCAGUAAAUAUUUCCAAUAGAUUUAGAGCAAAUCCCAAUACAGAUAUAUAUUUAUUUCCAAAUGGUAAAAAUGCCAUUUUUGCCACUCAUCGAUUUUUAAUUGAUUUAGAUUAUAAACGAAUUCAGAGAUUGAGAUAUACAAAUUCAUCAUCUCCAAUCAACAACGGUAAUUUGGAAAAUAAUAUAUUAAUUAAUAACACUAAUAAUACUACCAAUACCAUCACUUCUACCACAACGCUAACAACAAUUAUAAAUAAUAAUCUUGGAAAUAAUUUAGAAAGCGAACAAUUACCUUAUAAAAAGACGGUUCUAUUUGGUUAUUCUAAGGAUAGUACAUUUAAGAUUUUAAAUCGCUAUGAAAAUACCUAUUAUUUGGAAAAUGAUAAUCCUUUCAAAUCCUUGGAAGAAAUUUUAGAAAGAGGUGAACAAAUCUUAGGGGUAUAUUUAGAAGCACCAAGUUCAAAGACUUUAGAUAUGUACAAUUUAAAAAAAUUAAAGAAAUUAUCAAAUGAUUAUGGGUUUUUAAUAAUAAUAGAUGAAAGCAUUUGUAGUCAUCUAUAUAUUAAUGUUUUGAAAUAUUGUGAUAUCAUCACAUGUGAUCUUUGCACAACACUACGAUUCAAUAACAAUCAAACUUGUAGUAACGAAGAUGUUACUAAUAAUGGCGGUGGCGUUGUAUUAAAUAAAGACAGUAAGAAUUACGAAGAGAUGAAACUUUUUUUCCAACAAGAAUAUAAAAAUGAUAAUUUCGAUAUUGUUUGGUGUCAAGAUAUUAUAACUUGGGAAUUCGAAAGCAGAGAAUUUAUUAGAACUUCUAUCAAUUGUGAUUUAAAUACCUUAAAGAUUAUUGAAUACUUACAAGGUAAUUCAAAGCCACAAAAAUAUCACGUAAAGUAUCCUAAUUUGAAAGAAGACAGUUUAAAGAAUUACAAUGGGAUGCUAUAUGGCUCACGUAAACAAAAUAAUAUAGCUUAUGGAAAUAUAUUUGAUAUUAGAACUUCCAAAGAUAUAGCCAAUAAAUUGAGUCAAAUUCAUGGAAUAAGUGUUAAUGAAGCACCUUUGAAAAGCAAUAAUACAUUUACAACAUUGAACUGGAGAAUCACUGUAGGUAAUGUUGAUGGGAAUAGGUUGUUAGAAGACAUCAAGAAUGUAUUACCAUGA